AAACAAUCAGAUCAUUUAGACUUUGAAAUGUCAAUGCCAGCAAGACAUUCAUCUCCACGAAUGAUCGAUUUCAAAGAGGGAGAAUCCCAGAACAUGGAAGAUUGCUUUACAGAACCGGAUCUUGAUGUAACAGGUGGACAACCGCGCGAAUCAAAGUCGCCAUUAUCGCAUGCUCUUGUUGAAAAAAUUGAUGAAAAUCAACUUGUCCCCGUAAAGGAAGACACAAACUUGCUCCUUGAUCAAGCAUCGAUUUUGUCUGAAUCAAGUCUGGUAAUUGAGAAAAAAGAAUUACAAGUCCGCGAAUUCGCAUUUCGUACUAGUGUGUCGUAUCCAAAUUUACUUCAAGCAGGAGUGCAAAUAAAUGGUGGGAAAUUAUUACAUCCGAGAUCUACACCCUCCAGCCCUGAUCUAUUUUACCUGAGUCCGAGUUCAAUUGAUAGGGAAUUCUCACAAUUGCAUAUUUCUGCUUGUUUGUUAGAUUUGAUCAAGCGAUUGAAAUUGCCACAACAUUUGAACCAGCCACCUGCUACAAGUUCGGUUUUAUCCGAUUCAGGCGAACAAACCCAAAAUCUUGAUUUAAUACACGCCGAAUCGAGGGAAACAAAAGAAGAUCCGAAUAUUGCUAUUCCGAAACUGGACUUGAGCAAAGUAUAUGAUGGAGAAGGAGAUAAAACAUCUUCUUCUCACGAUCCAGUUACUGGGCCAUGUACAGUCGUUACCCAUUUUCGGAACACAGAAUCUGUGAACAUACCAUCAUCUCUUCCAAAUUUAUCUCAGAUUCCUGAGAUAGCAAAGAACGAGGAAUUACAAAUAAAAUCUUCUCUUCCCUACUUGCUCCAUGCUGAAGAAAUCAGCGAACAACAACCGACAUGUAAACGUAGUGCGUCAUGGCCACAGCUAGAUCCGGUCAAAUCAGUUAGAAAUCUCUGUGUUCCAAAACUUGACCUGAGUCUGCUAGACUCGGAAGAAGAACCUGUCAUCAGAGGAAGGAUGACAAUGGCAGGGAUACGUAGUUCGUCGUCAUGGCCACAGCUACAUCCGGUCAAAUCAGUUAGAAAUCUUUGUGUUCCAAAACUCGACCUGAGUCAGCUAGACUCAGAAGAAGAACCUCCCAUCAGAUCAAGAAUGGCAAUGACAUUUACCAGGAAACCUGCAAAUAAAUAUAUUCAAAUUCUACGUUCAGCUAAUUCUCUCCCCGACAUUCCUCAUGGUGCAGCUGAAGUGAGAAUAUUAAAAAAAUCACAGCUCAAAAAAUACCCUUCUUCGCCAAAUUUAAAGGCAUUAGUACCUCAAAGAUUUACUGGACCAUCAAAACCUUUUGACGUGCAUGUACUUCAUUCUCUCCAACAAAGACCUAAGAGCGCAGGUUCUUCAUCUGUACCUGGUUAUAUACAAGAGCCAUCUAAAAUGCACUCAAAAACAAUACAUUUACCCGUUUCGAUUGGCGAUUACCAAAUGACAAAACCACGAAAUGAAAAUGAAAACUUCCAAUGUAGGCCCUCGUGGGCGUACGGCAAAUAUCCACGUGAAUUUAAACCGGAAUUAGCAAUUUUUUCUAAUCUUGGUAUUAACGAUAAAGAACAAGUGAACUCAUCGGAAGACGAGUCUUCUGAGUUUAAUACGGAACCGGAAUAUUAUCCAUACCGUCAAACACUUUCACCCAUCCUGGAGGAAUCGGAAGAAGAUAUGCAAAACAUACCACCUACACCAACACCCGGUUCCUUUCCAAUUCAAGUAAAGAGUGUAAAUGAAAUAGUUGCAUCAGAUUUAGCUACUAAAAUUUCUGCAAUUAUUGCUCACUCAGUAACUUCAAUCUGUUACGAAGCAAAUUCGGUGGGAUCUUGCAUGGACGAGGUGGAAAGAAUGCCGGAGUCAACAAAAAUCAAUAAGACUAUAUCUGGCACUUCUGUCGAAAGUGCUGCUGAAGAUAUUUCAACGUCUCCGAGCCAUACACCAGUAGUGGACAGGACGACUUUGUCAGAUGAACAACAUCUUGAUGUAGGAGAUGUGCAAACAAAGGCGGCAACCACUUCCAUCAAAGAUGUUACCGAAAAAAAGUUGACAUCUUCAAUCCAUUCACCGGAAAACGUUGCAAAAACUAAUGAAUUGACAAAAAAGAAAAAACUUGGUCGGGAAGACGAAGUUCAAUCUAAAAACACCGAUCUCUCAUUUGGGGAUCAAGAAAAACACACAAAUGACAAAGACCAAUCAAUGAAUUUGAAGCCAAUCAUAGCAUGCGAACCAGAUCACGUAAUUAAAAUUACGAAAGCAAUUGAGAUGGGUUCACAUGUGGGCGAUGUGCAGGCAUCACCGAAUUCCACGAAAAUCAUCAAGACUGCAUCUAUUACUAUUGACGGCACCAUGGAGGAAAACCCUACAUUUCCAAAUCAAAUGCCAGUAGUAGAUGACAAAAAAAGAAGUCCGCCGAAAAAGGGGACGGAAACGGAGACUUUGAUCGGACAGGAAAAAUCCUGGAACAACAUAUUCAGGAGAAAAUUGAGGACGAGAUGAGUGUAAUCGAUCCUAUUCCGUUCCAAGAACUCGAUUCUCAUCUACCACAAUCAAACAAAAGUUUCAUUGAGAAGGCAACUCAGACGAGCGAUCUAGAGGUAGAGAAGUUUUCUUCGAAAUUC